AUGAACUAAAAAAAAAUAAAAAAAAUGCAAUCUCCAUUUCAACCAACCAUUUAUAUUCCCAUCUUAUCCAAACAGCCCCUCAUAUCUCUCCACUUCCACACCUUCAAUUUCUUCACUCUGUCAUCUCUCUCAACAAAGAACCAGGAUUCAAGAUCAGGAAAUCAAAUCUUCAAUGGCCACUGCAACCGCCAGUACCCUCUCCCAAGCAACACUCGCCGUCGCCACUACCAUUUCCGGCCAAUCUUCCCGGAGAAGGAUAAACCGAGUAAACUAUCUCAAUGGGCUCAAUUCCUUUUCAGGGUUGAAGGCAGAAAAUUCAGUCGUAUCAUUGGGUCUUCCCGUUUGCACCGAACGGUCAUUUGCUAAGAUUGUUAGCUCUAUGAAGAAACAGGGAAGGAGGGACGGCGGUGGCGCUAUGUCCUCCAGAUGCAAUGCUAUUGGAGAGAUAUUUACGAUCGCCGCCGUUAUUAAUGGGCUAGUGCUGGUCGGAGUGGCGGUCGGUUUUGUACUUCUUCGGAUUGAGGCGUCUGUUGAAGAGGCGGAGGGAUGAUGAUUUGGUUUCAAUGAAUGUAAGCUUGAUAUGAUCGAUCAUUAAGGCUUAUAAGAGUUGGUUUUAGUUCAUUGAAUUUUUAUAAAAUGUAAUUUUCUAUUACUAUUAUCAUUUUGGCUGAUACUUACCCCCAGCUUAUAUUUAUUUCGUAUAUAUAUAUAUAUAUCAAUUAAUUGAUGAA